AUGAUUAUCUUACCCAAUACCCCUCCUUUACCAUCGCCAUUACCACCACAAUCAAACCUAAAUCCAUCAUUGUUGACAUCCAGAACAGCAUUACAAGUUGCCAAUUUGAAUAGUUACAAUGACUCUAUAAGAUAUGCCGUUGAUUUACAGCAUUACUUACAGUCCUUAAUUCACUGGGUCAAAGAAACUACCAAUUCUCAAGAGCUUAAUAAGUUAGUUGAUUAUGCUUCUCUGCGUGAAAUAUGCCUUGGUAUUCCCUGGACCAAUACGUUACAAAGCGACAAUUCCAAACGAGAGAAAUUGAACCAGCUCUUGAAGUCUAGUUCUAAAAUACCAUGGAGUUUACUCAAUGAGAUAGAAAUGGUAUUAGCAUCGAUAUCAUUAAUAUACAUUCGAAUUGGGUCUGAUUUAACCAGUGAAACAAUCGAAGUUGAAGCUGAUCCUAAGUCCCUCUCUGAAUACAACGAGAAAUGGAAACAAGUGGUCAACUUCUACAAAACUUCCAUAUCGUAUACCAUGUUUGCCAACAAGAUCAAACAACUCGAGAAAGAAGGUCCAAUAAAUGGUGUAAUGUUUACAUUCAUUGAGAAAAUAAGUGACAUCUGUAUCCAAAUGUCAAUAUUAUCCAAGUCAUGUUGGAUAAAUCGAUGUUCUGGAAACCCAGCUACUUCCAAUAAUGGUACUUUGUCUCGAGUAGCAAUUUACGUCUUGAAUGAAUUGAAAAACGCAAAGAAUAUAGUGUCGAGUUUGGGUACUAAUAUAACUCUUGAUUAUCGACUUUGGAAUGAUUAUUUAAGUAUAAUCGAAAAGUACGUUAGUGCAUACGCUGGAAUGUUCCUAUCCAUAGAGAAUUACCAACAGGAUAAACUUGGAGAUGCUAUAGGAUUAAUCCAUUUCAGUUUACUUUGUUUACAAAGCAAGAAAAAUAUUGACAAUUCUGAUUCGAAAAAGUUCAUUGCCAAGUUGAAAUCAAAAGUGGUGAUAAAAAAGAAUGAGCAUAUUCUUAAUAACCUAAAUUCAAUAUCUACUUUAAACAUCAAUAGAUCAGCAUUCAACGACAAGUCUGGCGUUAUUCUAAAUGAUUUAUCGUACUUAUUUGAACAAUUAAUAGGAUUAAAUCUCAAAUUCACCAAAGAAAACAAUAAUUUGAAAUUUGAUAGGAUUGUUAGCUGGAAAGAUAUUAGCCAAGACUCAAAAUGGCCGCUAGGAACAAAGAUCCCUGUAUCCAAUAUAAAACCAUAUGAACCAUUCACUGUGGAACAGGAAGAUAACAACAGGUAUAUAGGUAAAGGUGCAUAUUACUAA